AAAACAGAGUUUUUCUAUGUAGUCCUGGCUGUCCUGGAACUUGUUCCAUAGACCAGGCUGGCUUCCGAACUCAGAGAUCUGUCUGCCUCUGCCUCCUGAGUGCUGGGAUUCAAGGUGUACACUACCACACCCAGCUUUAAGCUCUCAAUUAAAUGCUUUCUUUUGUAACACUUGCCUUGGUCGUGAUGUCUCUUCAUAGCAACAGAACAGUGAUUCAGGUGCCAUAUCAGGAACCAAGAGUGUUCUAAGAGAUUUGCGGGUAUUUACUAAUUUAAUCCUUCCAGUGACCCAUUUCCAAAUGAGAAAGUCAAGUCACAAAAUAAACAUUAUCAACACUAUAUAACUGUAUUCAGACAAAUCAGAUAUGUAUCUGUCUGUCAGACAGAUUUGGCCACAAGGCCAUCAAUUUACAGCUCUUAGGAAAUUUCAAAUGUCCCAGGGAGGACCUAUCUUUGCAUUUUGUCUUGGUCUUGCUUUUAAUGACCUCUUGAUCUCUAUGAACUUCUUUGUAAAUUUUGGUUAGCUCUGUGGUGUUCCCUCCAUGCUUUCUCUUUUCUCCUUCUAUAUAAAUAAUUAUACCAAAUAUCCCCCCCCCGUUUGCUUAGACAUUAUCUGGAAUGUGCAAAUCACACCUAUUAUUCAAGACCCAACUUAUUAGACCUCAAGAAACUUCCUGUUGUAACGGAGAGCCUUAGGCUGAGAGUCCGGAUGCCUGUCAGUCCUGAUGCUGUGACUAAUCCUUUGUGUAAUCUUGUGCUAUUCACUUCUUAUCUGGGUUUUGAUUUCACCUUAAACUGUGGAAAUGGGCGUUGGGGUGAGUCUCACUGCGUGAAUGCUUUCUUAGCUAUGUGAGGGAGGUCCCCAGCACUGCAGAAGAAAAUAUGGUGUACUCAAACUAAAUCAAUGCACUUAAACCAUUAAAAAAAAAAAAAGCCCAGUUUCCAAGGAUAGGACACAUGAGUAGAGGAAGAGAGAGCAAGGCUGAGGCUGGGUUCCCCAUUUUCAGCUGAAUAUCAGAAGUUCCACUUUACUGUUUUUUUCCCCCCUUUUCUUAUUUUAGACUGUCUAUGUAGACCAGGCUGCUAUCUGCCUUUGAAGUGUUCCCUUCAGAAGUUCCAUUUUAAGCUGUUGGAUUUUAUUAGAAGGGAGUAUUCUACAGUCAAUAAAAAGGUGGAAACCAUCCAACCUUGUAUUUAACUGCGAUCCCUGAAAACAUCUUUUCUUGAUCUUUCUAUUUGCUUUUUGCCUUGGAUGUGCAAAUAAAGAGUCUAGGAUAUUAAAAAAAUUAUCUGGGGCUGGAGAGAUGGCUCAGUGGUUAAGAGCACCGACUAUUCUUCCAAAGGUCCUGAGUUCAAAUCCCAGCAACCACAUGGUGGCUCAUAACCAUCUGUAAUGAGAUCUGAUGCCCUCUUCUGGUGUGUCUGAAGACAGCUACAGUGUACUCAGAUAUAAUAAAUAAAUAAAAUAUUUUAAAAAAUUAUCUGGCAGAAAUGAAUGUUUCUUUUUGUUCUGCCCAUAAGUGAAACAAAAGAUAACAGGCCUAGGUGAGAACCAAGGACCAGCAUGGAAACUUUCAGCCUUUCCAGUGUUCAGCCAAAGUUCCUGGGUUCAAAGAGCUACUGCCCAACACACAGAAGUAUAGUUGUAGAGUGAGUCUCAUCCUGUAAGAAUAGGAGCUUCUAGGUUCCCUUUGAGUAAGUAUUUCCAUGGAGAAGGACAACUCUUCAACCAGAGACUUAAUUUUUUUUUCUUCUAAUUAGUUCUUUGGGGAUUUCUAGUAUCCCAGCACUCCAAGCACUUGGUCAAGGCAGGAGGACCACCAGUUCCAGGCCACCCUGGAUUACAAUAGCAACCUAGACCAACCCAACCCAACCCCAACCAACCCUAACUAAUUUCCUUGUAUUUUUUACUACACAUCUGUCCGUUGCGCCUAAUCCUUCCUUAAGAAUCCCACGUGAGGACUUCAGCUCUCAUUCUCUCUGGCUUUCUUCAGGGAAGAAAGUGCCCCUAACCUUGGAUUUUCUGCCUUGACAGUUCAACUCCUAUCCUUCAAGUCAGAUCCUCAAGUUUCUUCAGUGGAGACAAAUGAUGGCACACAGCAGUUGUAGAUCAUCACCAUGUGACUUCCCAGGAGAGCAGCCAUGUUGUUGAAUUAUCAAGGCUCUUUACAUUUUAUGUUCUCUUCCCCCGAGGACAGUUUUGUGUGUUUAGUAUCCUGGAGGAAUGCAAUUCCAGACUGGGUUCUAGUUCCUCACCAGCCAUUCGAUAUCUUGAGGUAAAUUAAUUUACUUCAAAUGACCAUACUGAAAUGUUAACUUUGAGAGCAAUGGAGUAAGUAGAUGGUUUCUAAGAUCCUUCCCCAUUUUGGCAUUCUAAUGACAAACAGUUAUUGAAGAAAUUAUCUUUAGUUGUUGGUUCUGUCUUCAAAACCACCAGUGGAUCUGACUUUAAGGUUGGAAGUUGUUCUUGAUGGUAUACGCCCUUUACUUGACAAGCUGUUGGUUUCUCCUUGAGACAGUAGUCUUGUUUUCUUCUUGGUUGGGAUUCUUCACGUUCAGAGGUUCACUGAGAACUUCAGGUCAUCAGCAUUUUCUCCUUUUAGCACUAUCUCUGUAGUCAGGUGUAGAGUGGUGAUGUGAACCCCUCAUUGACAUUUCACCCAGUCCUCCAAAUAGUCCUCUCAUUAAGAUCUUUCAUUCUGACAUCACCCCUUCGUCAUGGUCCCUUUAAGGGAGCGGCCAUAGUUGAGUGGUGGGAGCAGCUGCUGGCAGCAAAGAGACUAACAGGAUUAGGCCUAGCCUGGGCCACUCACCGCGCACGCUCAGGACCGGGGGCUUGGUGGGAAAGGGAGGAGGGGCUUGUAGCGCGCCUGCGCAUCAGGGGCGCGCGCAAGGGGCUGGUUUGGAGAUCCCUUUAAGAAACCACAGGCGGAGGAAUUUCUCUGAGAGAAAAUAAUCCUACUCACGGGGCCCCUUGGAGGCCAUUAACCCCCCGAGUCCCGGCCCCCCUGCCCCGGCAGGCCCUCGUGCCCACGCGCCCGCCCGUGGGACCCCAGGAUCUGCGGCCAGCGCGCGGGCCUCCGCCCCCUCGUCACUCCCGCGCCAGGCCCGGCGGGGGCCAAGGGGACCGGACCGCAGCGAGUGAAGCGCCGUGUCUGCAGUGUGGGCGGGGGCCGAGAGGGGCCGGGGCUGCCGCGCCGGGAGCUGCCGCGGUUCCGAGCGGGGCCCAACAUGGCGGAGCGGGAGGUGGAGACCGGCCCCCGAAAGAGGGUGGUGUCAUGGAUACAGAAAUGUCUGAAGACACAGACCACAACUUAACUCCCACCCUUGCCAGCAUGUCUUAUGGAAUGCCGAGUCAAACAGGAUCUGAAAAUUCAUUGCUGGAUGAAGAUGAUUAUUUUUUGAACUCUGGGGAUCUUGCAGGAAUUCCAGUCGUUAGUAGUGACAAUGAGGAUGAACAGGAUUUUAGUUCAAAGGACAAUCUUGUUUCUUCAGCUCAUACUGAUGGUAGUUUGGAGAUAGAGAGAAGAGCUUCUCAUCAUGAAUCAGACAAUGAAAAUGAAAUACAAAUUCAAAGUCAAUUAAAAAAAGACUUUCCUAAACAGUUUGAUCAGGUUUCUGUCUUUAAAUCAAUACGAAAAGAUUUUUGUUUAGUGAGAGAAAACAGCAAAGAGACAUUUUCUGGAAAGGAGAAAAAUAGAGACCUAACUUAUCAUGAACGCGAAAAACGAUUGGAUAAACCCCAUAAAGGUUUGGAUUCAAGGUUGAAAAGCAGUUUUUUUGAUAAAGCAGCUAAUCAAGUUGAAGAAACAUUACAUACUCAUUUACCACAAAACCCAGAAACAAACUUUAGGGACUCCAGCUACCCAUUUGCCAAUAAAGAAUCCAUUGGUUCGGAACUGGGGAAUUCGUUUGCAUCAAAUAUUAGAAUUAAAGAAGAACCUUUGGAUGAUGAGUAUGACAAAGCAGUGGCGCCUCAGCAGGGACUACUAGACAGAGUUAAAGACGAACCUGACAAUGCUCAAGAGUAUGGUCAUGGCCAACAGCAAAAAACUCAAGAGGGGGAACUGAAAAUUAGUGCUGUGUUUUCAGUCAGUGGCAGUCCUCUGGCUCCACAGUUGACUACUGGCUUUCAGCCUUCUCUGGCAUCACCUGGCAUGAAUAAAAUGCUUCCUGCAGUUCCAGCCACAGCUAUUCGAGUUUCCUGCUCUGGUUGUAAAAAAAUCCUCCAGAAGGGACAGACGGCUUAUCAGAGGAAAGGGUCAACUCAGCUUUUCUGCUCCACCCUGUGCCUCACGGGAUACACAGUGCCACCUGCCCGCCCACCGCCGCCUCUCACCAAGAAGACUUGUUCCAGUUGCUCAAAAGACAUUUUAAAUCCAAAGGAUGUGAUCAGUGCCCAAUUUGAAAAUAGCACCACCAGUAAGGAUUUUUGCAGUCAGUCAUGCUUGUCAACAUAUGAACUGAAAAAAAAGCCCAUUGUUACCAUAAAUACAAAUAGCAUUUCAACCAAGUGCAGCAUGUGUCAGAAGAACGCUGUUAUUCGACAUGAAGUUAAUUACCAGAACGUGGUUCAUAAGCUCUGCAGUGAUGCCUGUUUCUCUAAGUUCCGCUCUGCUAACAACCUCACUAUGAACUGUUGUGAGAACUGUGGGGGUUACUGCUAUAGUGGCUCUGGACAGUGCCAUGUGCUUCAGAUUGAGGGACAGUCUAAGAAGUUUUGUAGUUCAAUGUGUGUCACCUCAUACAAGCAGAAAUCAGCCAAAAUAACACCAUGUGCGCUUUGCAAAUCAUUGAGAUCCUCAGCAGAAAUGAUUGAGAAUACCAAUAGCUUGGGGAAGACAGAGCUUUUCUGUUCUGUUAAUUGCUUAUCUGCUUACAGAGUUAAAAUGGUUACUUCUGCAGGUGUCCAAGUUCAGUGUAACAGUUGUAAAACCUCAGCAAUCCCUCAGUACCAUCUAGCCAUGUCAGACGGGAGCAUACGCAACUUCUGCAGCUACAGUUGUGUGCUAGCUUUCCAGAACUUGUUUAACAAACCAACUGGAAUGAAUUCUUCAGUAGUGCCCUUGUCUCAGGGCCAGGUGAUCGUGAGCAUCCCCACUGGUUCAUCAGCAUCCGCAGGGGGAGGGAGUACCCCAGCUGCCUCCCCCACCUCUGUCCACAGCUCCUCUGCGGCUGCUGGGCUCCAGAGGCUGGCUGCCCAGUCCCAGCAUGUUGGCUUUGCACGAAGUGUGGUGAAGCUUAGGUGUCAACAUUGUAACCGUCUCUUUGCCACAAAGCCAGAGCUUCUUGACUACAAGGGUAAAAUGUUUCAGUUCUGUGGCAAGAAUUGUUCUGAUGAAUAUAAGAAAAUCAAUAAUGUAAUGGCAAUGUGUGAAUACUGUAAAAUUGAGAAAAUUAUAAAGGAGACUGUGAGGUUCUCAGGUGCUGACAAGUCAUUUUGUAGUGAAGGUUGCAAAUUGCUUUAUAAACAUGACUUGGGAAAACGCUGGGGAAGUCAUUGUAAAAUGUGCAGUUACUGUUUACAGACCUCUCCCAAACUAAUACAGAAUAAUUUGGGUGGAAAGGUGGAAGACUUCUGUUGUGAAGAAUGCAUGUCUAAGUAUACAGUUCUGUUUUACCAGAUGGCCAAAUGUGAUGGUUGCAAGAGACAGGGUAAACUCAGUGAGUCUUUGAAAUGGCGAGGUGACAUAAAACACUUUUGUAACCUGCUUUGCAUCUUGAUGUUCUGUCAUCAGCAAACUGUAUGUGACCCACCUUUACAAAACAAUACAGCAAGUAUUUCCAUGGUUCAAGCUGCUUCUGCGGGCCCCCCGUCCCUCAGAAAGGACUCGACUCCCGUUAUUGCUAAUGUGGUCUCUCUAGCAAGUGCUCCUGCUGCACAGCCCACAGCAAACGCUAACAGCGUCUUACAAGGUGCAGUUCCAACAGUAACAGCGAAAAUCAUCGGGGAUGCAAGUACUCAAACAGAUGCCCUGAAACUUCCACCUUCCCAGCCUCCAAGGCUUUUGAAGAACAAAGCUUUAUUGUGCAAACCCAUCACACAGACUAAAGCCACCUCAUGCAAACCACAUACUCAAAACAAAGAAUGCCAGACAGAAGACACUCCAAGUGAGCCCCAGGUUAUGGUGGUGCCAGUCCCUGUGCCAGUGUUUGUUCCCAUACCUCUUCAUCUUUACACCCAGUACACUCCUGUCCCCUUUGGGAUUCCAGUUCCCAUGCCUGUUCCCAUGUUUAUUCCAUCCUCUAUGAACAAUGAAGAGAAAGCCUCUGAGGGCAUUGAAGACAUUAAAGAGAAACUUGCCACACAUCCAUUUGAGGCAGAUCUCCUUGAGAUGGCAGAAAUGAUUGCAGAAGAUGAAGAGAAGGAAAAGACUUUAUCCCAGGGAGAAUCCCAAACUUCUGAACAAGAACUCUUUCUAGACACCAAAAUAUUUGAAAAAGACCAAGGAAGUACGUAUAGUGGUGACCUCGAGUCCGAGGCAGUAUCAACCCCACAUAGCUGGGAAGAAGAACUGAAUCAUUACGCCUUAAAGUCGAAUGCUGUGCAAGAUGCUGAUUCAGAACUGAAACAGUUCUCCAAAGGGGAAACAGAACAGGAUCUGGAGGCAGAUUUUCCAUCAGAAUCUUUUGACCCACUUAAUAAAGGACAGGGAAUCCAGGCGCGUUCUCGAACAAGACGAAGACACAGAGAUGGCUUCCCCCAGCCCAGACGACGAGGGAGGAAGAAGUCUGUCGUACCUGUGGAGCCCAGGAGUCUUAUCCAAGGAGCCCUGCAAGGCUGUUCUGUGUCUGGGAUGACACUGAAGUAUAUGUAUGGGGUAAAUGCCUGGAAGAACUGGGUUCAAUGGAAAAAUGCCAAGGAUGAACAAGGAGAUCUGAAGUGUGGGGGAGGUGAACAUGCCUCUGCUAGUCCCUGUUCUGACUCCUUAGGAAGUGCCCAGGACCAGGCUCUCUCUCAAGAAUCCUCAGAGCAAGGCUGUAAAGUCCGCUCUAUGAAACUGAAGGAAGAUAUUCUGUCCUGCACUUUUUCUGAGCUGAGUCUGGGCUUAUGCCAGUUUAUCCAAGAGGUGCGGAGACCCAAUGGUGAAAAGUAUGACCCAGACAGCAUCUUAUACCUGUGCCUUGGAAUUCAGCAGUACCUGUUUGAAAAUGGUAGAAUAGAUAACAUUUUUACGGAGCCCUAUUCCAGAUUUAUGAUUGAACUUACCAAACUCUUGAAAAUAUGGGAGCCUACAAUACUUCCUAAUGGUUACAUGUUCUCCCGCAUCGAAGAAGAGCACCUGUGGGAGUGUAAGCAGCUGGGUGCCUACUCGCCCAUUGUCCUGUUGAACACCCUCCUGUUUUUCAAUACCAAAUACUUCCAACUGAAGAAUGUCACCGAGCACUUGAAGCUCUCCUUUGCCCACGUGAUGAGGCGGACCAGGACUCUGAAGUACAGUACCAAGAUGACGUACCUGAGGUUCUUCCCGCCGCCGCCACAGAAGCAAGAGUCGGAGCCAGAUAAACUAACUAUUGGCAAGAGGAAACGAAAUGAAGAUGAGGAGGCUCCAGUGGGUGUGGAGAUGGCAGAGAACACGGACAAUCCACUGAGGUGCCCUGUCCGGCUUUACGAGUUUUACCUGUCUAAAUGCUCUGAGAGUGUGAAGCAGAGGACCGACGUGUUCUACCUUCAGCCCGAGCGCUCGUGCGUUCCUAACAGUCCCAUGUGGUACUCCACGUUCCCCAUAGACCCUGGGACCCUGGACACCAUGUUGACGCGCAUUCUCAUGGUGAGGGAGGUACAUGAAGAACUUGCCAAAGCCAAGUCUGAAGACUCUGACGUGGAAUUAUCAGAUUAAGAUGGAGGGAAGCUUCCUGCUUUCAUGCACACUGGUAGGCACCAAGCUGUGAAUGCACUCAGCUGGUGGAAAGAUGUUGAAAUCCAAGUUCUCUUGACUUGCUUAUUUGGUGGGAAAACAGACGGCUUCUGAGCCGUGGUGUUGCUGCAAAUGAAACCUGAGGGGAGAAGUGUGGGUGAAUUGGCAGGGAGAGUUCACAGACAUCAUGAAAGACUAACCAGUUUCUGAGUGGUGCAUAGUCUUAUUUUCUUUGGGAAUAAGAAAUUAUGGAAUAUUUUUAAGGAAAACUGUUGUAUAAAAUUCUACCAUGGUAACCUUAGUUAGAAGGGGGUAGCUUUGCAGUGAGACCCUGGCCGCUGCAGUAGCUACUUGAGCAAGCUGUCCAUGAAAGGCAGGAGAGAGCAGAGCAGAGCUGAGAGUGCGUCAGAUGAGGACAGUGGGGCUCAGCCUGGAAGAGCCAAUAAAAAUACUCACGUUGUUAUGAAAAGAUAGUGGUCUGGAUUGAUUUUCACUGCCACCCUACUUAUGUGAAGGGUAGAAGCCUUUAGUCUUUUAACUGAAGGCCCCUCACAUCAGAGGACACGCCCUUCAUUACUGUCAGUGAGCCCCUUUUCACUAGGGUCCUGCUUUCUCAGCUGUGGGUAAUUUAAGGUAAGAAGGAUGAUAUUCCAGAAGCUAACUGUACACAGAAACUCUGUGGAGCCCAUUAGACCCUGGUGUCUUGAAGUAUUUAAAGAGAACCCACUAAAAUGCCCACUUCUCUGGGUGCUGCUGUCCCGUGGCCUCAGCUGUGCAGAAGUGGGGCCUCCCUUUGUGUCCAGUUUGCCCCAUGGCAGCCUUUCUUCCCUGUCUUACUUUUCUGUUCCCAAAUGACGCUGCUUGUCCUUCGUACCAGCCUCUGGAGGCCCUUGUCAUUUCAAAAGGAAUAAUCUGUCUCCAUAAUUCUGACAAAUGUGUGGGUGAUCCCACAAAGACACAGUAUUAUGUAGCUGUCCGAGUUACGGUAGGGAAAGUCGUCAUAGGUUUCCGUGUACAAGCAUUUGGAAGUUGACCUUAUUGCCCCAAGAAACUUGAAAGUUAGGAAUGCUGGGGCUGGAGCACGAGAUGGUUGACCUUACACAUCCAUGCAGUCUUCUCGCUGCAUUAUUUCAGAUUCUAGCUGUCUUAGUUCAUGAGGAUUGCAAGGCCUAGGUGUAUGUGACAUUACCAGGCUGUCUCCCGCAUCUCCAUUCUCAGUUUCUUUCCUACAAAAUUUUGAAUCAAGCUUUUAAUAAUGUUGGAUAAUUACUUAGCUUCUUUAAUUGAAGUUAAUCUGAGCUUACAGCAGAACUGAGAGAAGUCAUAAGCUUCUCCAAAGUGUCAUCUUAAAACUUCAGUAUGUCCCAUGUUAUAGGUGGGAGUAGCAACUUGUUUGUUUUGUUUUUUUUAAACAAAUAAAAGUCAUUUAAAUACAACAGAACUUUAAGAUGGGCCUUUGACAUUGUGUACUUGUGGUUCCGUCCCUCUGCUUGUAACAAAUAUCCUUUUUGUUACUAAAAUUGUGUGAAAGAAGUAAAUCUGCCCUAGUCUGUAUGAUUAAUUCCAUCUGUGUUGUCGUUUCUGAUGGGGAAACGUCUUCCUUCCAGACCUCGAUUGGUUGGAGGAAGGCGGUUGGCCUGUCGAUAAGUCACCAAUAAACCAUCAGAAACACCAGGUGUCCAGUCCUGCUGUAUCAGUUUGAUUUGUGUAAACACUGACAUUUCCCACCUAUAGUUGUAUGGAAAACAAACACUGUUAGCUUAGUAGAUAAAUUGUUAUAAAAUACCAAAAAGGAAAAAAUAUAUCUGUUAAGAGGACAACUGCUACCCGGAUAAAUGACGUGCCAGGGCCUGAGCUGCAUGUCAGUACAGGGCUUUCAGACCCUAGACUGAGUUUAAAAACUGGUUGAUCAUCAGUCAUUCCUCGUGAGUGUAGCUGUUUGCUGUGUCAAAUUAUUUACUUUUUCUAUUUUGUUUAAAUUGUGUAAAACCAUACUUACUCCCUCCUCCCUCUGGGGGAGCGAGGGAAAAAAACCCAAGAACUAGCGCCUGAGCUCUUCCCGUCCUUUAACUGUCUCUGGAUUCUCCCUUCGCAGGAACCACAGAGCUAUUCCCUUAGAAUAAAAUAGUAUAUUUGUAUUUGA